CAUAGGCGCUAUCCACUCGCCAUAAGCCAGGGCUCUCAACCUCAACCGGCCGUCUCAAUCUCAUCGUGUUCGAUACGCGUGUGUUUUUGUCGUUGGCCAGUUUUAACAAACCCAGCACAAUGGCCCAAGAGGACAGCUCAUCGAUCUUCACCGCCGUCACAUACAAAGAACUGGACUACUACUUUGAGGCCGUCACUAGUUUGAAGGUGAGGAUGGAUUGCCUGGCCCUGCCCGUGCUAUAUGAUAUCAGCAGUGAUGUCUAUCCUCACACCGGUCACCUCGCUGGAGAUGCCUACAGGAAGCCAUGGAUCAGAGGAAGUGUUAUCUCAACCUGCAAGCUGUCGGUGAAUGUAUGUAUACUGGAUGACCCAAGAAGAAAGGAACAGCCAGUUCAUCUGCCUUUGGAAAGGUUAAGGAAUAAAGGAGAGCUGAUAGAUGUGGUACCAAGUUCAGAUCAAAACUCCCAGCAAGGUUUUGACCAGGACGCGUUAGCAAGACUCUUACAGGACUCAAACUGUUUCACACCAAGGCAAGAACGCUUUUACAAGAGCACAACUGACCUCAUGUCAGUCACAUAUAACAACAAGGAUCUCCUGCUAGAAGAGGUCCUGGGGCCUCUCGCUGUCUUGAAGAGUCACUUGCACACGCUGAAAGCCAAGCUAUCAAGUCUGAGUAGGAUUCAAGUAUCAGACCCUCUCCUCAACACAAGCAUACUCUCAGAGGAUUUCAUACUCAGGUGAAAGGGACAGGACUCUGCAGUUUGAGUGUAUAGAAGUCAUUUAUUUUGAAGUUGAUUUUUCUUGUCAGAAUCCUGAAUUUAUGUUUAAUGGCUUCACUAUAGUUGUUCAAACAGUACAUAUUCUUCUUAAGAAAUGUACUUUUUUGGAAAUUCAUAUAAUUACCAAAAGCCAGCACUCAUGCACAGAAGCAUUUCAUUAUGGAUAACUAGUAUUAGGACUAGUAAGUACGUACUGUUUCCGUCAUAGUAGGCAAUGUGAAAGUCAAGGUCAAGCAGUGUUUUUCGUUGUUCAAGUUCUGAUUGUUGAGUGUCUCAACCUAAUGGGCCUGUUUUGCAGGCAUUGUGCACCUUAUGAGAUCCCUCCUUAUGCAGACAAUAAAGAAUUUACAACCAGCUCACACGUACAUGAAGAGUUCCACACAGAGGCUGUGCUCAAUCAUGCUUCUCUACUAUUACCAGUUGGUCUGGAAAUACUCUACCUCUACAGAGAGAAUUACUGCAGCUUGAGCAUUGAACAGGUC